CUAGAGUGCACCCCAAUCUUCCUCUUCGACCAUCGGCCGAUAACUAUGUCUGCCCCCACGCUAAAGAAGAACUACUUCUUGAUCGUCGCCCCUGAUCUGCCUGGGGCUAACGCAAACCGCGUGAAGCACACUCCCGAGCACCUCACGUACAACAGGCCGUUGAGUGAGAACGGGUAUAUCGUGGCUGGAGGCGCCCUCCUCCCUGAGGGGAGCAACUCAUCAGACGCGGGCGUCCAUGACAAUCUCGCUGGCUCCUACCUUGUCGUCCAAGCAGAUACCAUUGAGCAGGCGUGGGAUGCACUCAAGAAGGACGUCUACUACUCGUCUGGAGAAGUGUGGGAUCAAUCGAAAGUUACUGUCACGCCUGUGUGGGUCGCACUGCCCAAGGUUGAGUGACGAUAACAUACUGCAGUUACAACGACAAAUCAUUGUGCUUUAUGAGAAGGGUUGGAAUCAAUGUGCUUCUACUGCAUACGGGCCAGUACCUGUGACACUCGGCCCUUCGCUGCGAUGGAACGGAAGUCCAUGUAUCUACAGCAAAUCCUCUGGACAGCCUCGUUUCUGACAUGAG